AUGAGAGGUAUAUCUUUAAUUGGUGAUAAGACCUUAGUUGCAUUGUAUGACAUUGGAGCUUCGCAUUCGUUUAUUUCAUUUGCUAAAGUUGAGGAACUAGGCUUGAAAGUGUCAGAAUUAGCAUUUGAAUUGCAUGUACAUACUCUGCAUCAGACGGUUAUGACUAGAUCGAGUUGUAGACAAGUAGGUUUCAAACUUGAGGGUAGAGACUUUGUGCAUGAUUUGAUUUGUUUACCAAUGGUUGGAUUGGAGAUGAUAUUGGGGUUUGAUUGGUUGUCGAAAAAUCGAGUUUUGUUGGAUUGCUUUGAGCGGUCAAUUCAGUUUAUGCCGGAAGUAGAAAAUGGAGCAGUGAUAGCUGAGGGUUACUAUCUGAACUAUAUGAUACUGCACUGUAGUGGGGAAGAGUGUCAGGGUUAUGCUCUAUUGGCUACAAAUGCGUUAGGUGAUAAUCAGAACCUAGAUCAAAUCCCGAUAGUUAGAGACUUUCCGGAGGUGUUCCCAGAAGAUAUUCCUGAGUUCCCACCUCAAAGAGAGAUUGAAUUUACGAUUGAAUUGGUGCCGGGAGCCGGGCCAAUGUCGAUUGCGUCGUAUAGAAUGGCUCCGAUAGAGUUGGCAGAAUUAAAGGCUCAGUUGGAAGAGUUUCUGAACAAGAGGUUCAUUUGA